AUGAACCUCGAAAAAAUGUUAACAUCUGAGAUUCUGAGCGCGGUAUUUGCCGCUCAAGAAGGUAACCCAAAAGCAAGCCAGCUAUUAUAUGGACUUGUGGAGAAACAUGACGCAGGUACUUAUACCUCUGAAGAACUUGUAAAUAAGUUGACUUAUUCCUCUGAUUUAUUGUUUUCACUUGUAAGUUUAUCAGAAUCCCUUCCAAAUGAAUUUUUAAUCACCUUUUUGCAAAAAUCCACAAAUACAGUUACUAAGGAGAAAUAUUCCGAGUUCAUAAACCUGCUCCGUUUCUACGGCUAUACACUCCUGGUUAAAUUUGUCGAAAAUAACUGGCAAAUCUUACCAAAUUCGCUUAAAACGCAAUGCAAACUACACAUACAAUCACUAUUCUCUAAUUAUACAGUGGAUACUCUUAAUAUUACAAAUGGUACAAACAUGGAUACUACUAUGAACAACAGUGCUGGGAUUACAGGUGUAAGGAAUAUUAAUCCAAGUUGUGACGAAAACCACAUUUCUAGUCCUAAAAAUGCUUCUAAAACCACAGUGCUAAGUGAAUAUUCGGUGUUAGUGAAUCAAAAGGUGUCACAAUACAUAUGUACAAUAGCAAUAAGAGAAUGGCCUCUAGAAUGGAACGAUUUGAUACCGUCAAUCAUAGGAUCACUAAACGGAUUAUUCAUGUGUUUGGGAUCAGAUUUUAAGAACAAUCCACAGUUACUGAAUGAAAAUAACACUCAGUUGUUGAGUGAGUUGUCAGUAUUUUGGGGUUUAAUAGUGGAGAUUUCAGCAGAGAUUCGUGAAUGCCUUGAUGUGACACUAUUGCACAAGAGGAGGAUACAAAUUUCAAACCUCCUGAAAUCAUACGUUUAUGAUAUUUUCAUUACAAUUCACAGAUCAAUUGUGCUGGGAAUGGCUUCAAACCAACAACUGAGUAAGCUGAUUUUGUCCAUUUCCCGUAAUCUUUCCUCUAUCCUUGACGGCUUCAUCUUUGUCACAUUCGACGUUGAUGAAUUUUUGCUGAAUAAUUUGAAUACGGAGAACACAUCAGAUGUGGUACAAACAGUAAGUAACCUCUGCUUGGACGUUUCCCAUAAGCGUAUUAAGCACUUAAACACAGUACCUGAAUUUGAUCUGACCAAUGAGUCACUGUACAUCACUAAACUGGAAAGGUUUCUCAAGAAUUUGGUAAUCAUAUCGCAGAAGUUAUCCUUACAACUGGACUAUGGUCUCAACAAAUCACCGACGAACCAGUCGCCAGUAAACCAGCCACAGAUAAACCAGUCACAGGUGACGGUGAAUGUGCUGCAGAUGUGCCAAGGAUUUAGAAAUUUAAUGGAGAAGAAUAGUAACUAUAUACUGGAAAAUGUGAAUCCAGAAGUGUUAAGACUAGUGUUCAAUUAUAUAAUCUGUAGACUAGUGAUGCACCCGUCAGUGGAAGUGUCAACAUGUAGUUUAAACGCUUGUUCACUAUUACUACGAAGAAUUUCAUCAAUAAAGCUAAAAAAGGGUGAAAAUAUCUCACAAAAACUCACAUGGCUUGAUCACAAGAAGUUUUUAUUGGUGUUAUUCAUUAGAGGACUUAAACUAGGGAAUACACUCAUUAACCCCCUCCUAUCACAGCAUAACCUAUUCACAAGGUUGUCGAUCAUGGAUCCCCUAAUAAAUACCGUCACGAGUAUACCGGAUAUACUGGGGGAGAUAAAUAACAAUAGCGUGAUGAGUAUGAUGGACUGGAUUGCAAAGCUGACCGAGUAUAGUGUGGUGGAUGAGGAGAUAUCAGUAGGACAGAUGAAGAGUUUUGAGGCUAGAUUUGCAGCAUUACGUUCGAGCAUUUUACAUUGUUGUUCACUGUUGGCCAUAAUAAACCCAGAUUACAUGAGUGAAGUACUUUCAAUUAUUGGUGAGUUGCUGUCAAAUUUCUCCACCGAGUUGGAAGCAGAAUGUAGUGGUUACUGCUGUAACUACCGAAAAAAUGAAAAAAUCUUAAAUUACAUUUGUGAUAAAUAUAUUCUGUUCGAUGGGAUUCUCUUCAUCCUUGAGUCUACGAUAUUCAGACUGAGAAGCAAUACCAUAGAUUUGCAUAACGGGAACGUUAACAGUGGUAGUGGGAACAGUAGUGUGAGUUGGUUAUCAGUGGAUUUAUAUAAAAAUUUAACCUUAAGUUUGUCACCUUACAACAGUAUGGCACGGUGCGAUGGUGUGGAUAGUGUGGACUGGAUAGUGAAGUGUAAUAUGGUGAUAAUGAGAUUGAUGGAGUUGAAUCUGUGUAAAUCGCAUAAGUACAUACUGGAUAUAAGAAGAUUGGACUCAUUAUCAACGUUGUCGAUAUUGUUUUUAUAUAAUGGCCAGUUUAUAGGUGUAGUUAUUGAGUUUGUGGUCAGCAAAAUCCUAUUUGAGGUCCAUUCCACCAUAUCAAAUUUGAAUAAAUGUGCACUACAAUGUCUAGUAGUUUUUUGUAAAAACUGUAAGCAUCUUUUAACUCCAUUUGUUGAUGUAAUUGUAUCCAAAAUUCAUCAAUGCCUGCUCAUUGUCACUAAUGAUAGUUCCAAGGAUUUACUCAUCGAGUCUCUAAUAUCACUGCUCACAAUCAGCAGUAACGGAGCUGAUGGCGGUAGCCCAGUAAAUGGUAGUUCAGUUAAUGGAAUAGUCAGCGGCAUAAUGAAUAAUUAUGUGAAUGAAUUUAAGGUGGUGUACGAAAAAGUAUGUGAGAAUGGAGUUAACAGUGAGAAUUUGUAUAAAUAUUUAUUCAAUGACUUGGAAGAUGACACUAAUCGCAAACACCUACAUCGCAUCAUCAAUGUCCUAUACUCAAUUUUAAGGAAGAUUAAUAUUGGAAGUGAUACUUCUUUCAGUAAUAAUGGUGGAACUGGUGUAAGAAAUAGUGGUGAGGAAAGUCAUAGCUCUUCACCAACAAAUACUAUGAACUCUAGUGUGUUGGAGGAGUUGUACAGGAUGGUGGUGGAUAUAUUAAUGAGUUUUGUGAAUUUCUGGAAAUUUGAUUUUUUCGAUAAGAACAUGGUGAGGAAAGCAGUAUUGAGCCCAGGAAAAGAUGAGUGGUUAUCAUUGCAGGGAUACAAUGAAGCACUUGCGAGUGAAGAUAAUCUCGAACUCAUUGUUGAAACUGUGUUCCCCAUACCAAAUACACAAAACAAACUCACCAUCAGAGCUAUCAGAAGAUACAUCUACAUCCUCAGACAGUCAAUAUUAAAGUUAUUAGGCACAAUUAUACAGUAUCACAGUGCUAACACACAGUAUAAAACUAGUCUAACCAGUGCGCAGAGGGAUGAUGUGUUGGAGGAGUAUGUGAUUGGGAUAAUAGAAUGGAUACCUGUAUUUUAUUUAUAUCAAAUAAUAAAGCAUACGUUAUCGCCUUGUAUAUUAAAUUUGAAACGAAUUGAUGUAAUUAUUACUAAAUUAUAUCAAAGAAUCGAUCAUGAAUUUCUAUCACUCAAACUCUUCAAAUCACACAAUAACAGUACCAGUAGCAGUAACGGUGAUGUAGAAGAAAAGAUAAUUCAACUGUAUUAUCUGAAAGUUUAUGCAUGCAUUGAUUGUUCAAAUGAAAUUUUAUCCUUAAUUCUAUUCCUCAUCAAGUUAUACAACAAUAAUACUAAUGGUGCCAGUACUGCUAACAGUAGUGUUUUGGGUAAUGCUGGCACUAGUAUCGGUGUGAACAAUACGGUUGAAGAAGAAAGGUUGAGGAGUAUACUAUUAUGUUUGGCAAGUUCAUUGCUGUGGCCCUACGGAAGAAUCGUAAGUGAGUCGCUAAGGAUAUUAAGAAUUUAUUCUAAAGUCGUGCCCCAACUUGAUGUUAAAUUGCACUCGAAAUAUCUAUACCAACUCAUUCUAUACCUCAAUAAACACAUACUAGUUCCGAGGGAGUUCAAUCCGAUAGAGAUAAGUGGUGGUAGCACUAAUGGAGGUCCUGAUAGUGUUAAGGAGUUUGUUAACACAAUCUGUUGUUUAUUUGAAUCACUGGUAAAGUGUUUCCCUAGCAGUAACAUAAUUCAAAAUGAGGAAGUUAACGUCAAUGAGUUGGUGAAGUCCGAACUGAUAUUUGAAACGCUGAAGCUGUUUACACCUUUCUUCGGUGAGCAGGAUUGUGUGAUAUUUGUAAAGUACAUUUUAAUGCAAAAGUCAAUAGAUUCCAGAUCACUAUUAAGAAAUAGAAUUAAUCAAAUUCUAAAGAUUAAUAAUUACGAUUUCGCCACACAGUUCAACUGCAGUAUCCUGGAACCCAAACACUCAACAAACGAAGAGGAGGAAGAGGAUAUAUUGGGAAACGAUAUACUCUAUUUAUUAUUUGAAUAA